GCACACUCACUCACUCACUCGCUCGCUCGCCCUGUCCGUACGUUAUCAUUAUUCCACAUUUUGUAUUCUUACCAUUAUCCUUUCUUACUAUACGUCAAUCUGAUAGCGAGGCAUUUCGAGUUGUGUAUGCGACAGGUGUAAUGGACAUUUACUGAUCUCAAUUUUGUUGUACGAUUCAAAGAUGCCCGCACAAGCUGCCAUCGCAAACUGGCAAACAUUACUGAGCAAUAGCCUUGCCUCGAGGCUUGACUUCGAACCUUUCACAGACUACAUUCGUAUAUUAUAUUCGAAGAAUCCACUGCCAGCUCCAUAUAUAUGCGAGAUCUUCCUACGUCCCGACAAACACAACGAUGUAAAUGUCGAUCCACGAGUAUUGCGUUAUGUACAAAUAUUGCUAGCAGAAGGAUGUAUCGAUUGCGCCGGGAUUCUUCGAGUUUUGUUGAGAUAUUCUUCGCUCUGGAGUUAUAGGCAGGAUGGGCACAUGCAUAGCGAAGCCAAUGAUGCGAAUAAGAUCAAGAGAGUGAAGGAGGGGAAUCGCAGAUGGAAAAUGUCAUAUUCUGCCGAAGAGAUGAUGCUGUACCGACUUGCGAAAACAGUCUCCACUGGCACAAGGCCGAAGAAUGUUCAAGAAGCAGUCGAUUUGCUGGUGAUAUGUGUUCAAUGGAUGGAUAUGGUCGCUGCUAGUAUGGGGAGAGGGGCGCACGAGAUGAUGGACAUCGAAGCCCAUGUGGAGGAGAUUGGGAUGGUGGGUAUGGCUUUGGGAACUCUCAUGGUGGCAGUGGUUGGGAACGCAAAGAUUUUAGGGGCCAUACAAAAUGGUCGCUGCCCAAAAGGGACCGGUGUUGACCUCGGAAAGGCUAUGGCUGGGUUUGUUCCUUUGUUGCUCCAAAGCUCUCCACAAAAUGCACAACGACUAGACGUAUUUCGAACACAGACUCUAAUCACGAUUUUACCCGUUGACAAAAAGGAGCGAGCCGCCAAUGCUGAGAUUAACGAGAUUUUGGAUUCCACAAUUGGGAUGAACAUUGACAAUAUCGUGGUCGCUGAUCUACCAACUGUCAACUCUCGAGCGGGUCUCUAUAUUUAUUUGAAUUCUAUCCUUGUUGGUAGGCCACUCAUCGAUGACAAUGCAAUUUUUGCCUAUUUGCACAAUAGAUAUCAGGGAGAUGUCCAAUCAACGACAGUAGAUCUUAUACUUGCAUCGUUUGAUGUCUUGGCUAAUGCAACCUUUCGAAAUGAAGGACCACAAACCACAACUAUACUACGAUCAUUUCUGAUCAACAAAGUUCCCUUGCUCGUUUCAACGCUCGCAACAUCUUUUUUCCCACCUCUAACAUCAGAAUUUUGCAUCACGGAAGCUUUGAGCCAUGUCGAUACUAAUGCAUUUCCAACACUUUCUACUCUGUUUGCAGAGUCGACUAAUAAUGACAUGUUCUCAGACUCCGUUAGACAGGACUUCUGCUUCGCUUGCUGUUUACAUGGCUUGAUUCCGGAAUCUAGUAUUGAAACCCUGCUAGGCGAUAUACCUAUGCAAAGUUUACCUGCCGGUGGAAGGUAUUCUAAGCAGGAUCUCGUUGAACAAUGUCUUUCUGACUCGGAGCGAGCCGAAGGGUUGAUUUCAGAGUUGGAAAAUAUGGAUGGAAAUGCUGGCGCUGUUAGUCAGGCAAUUGCAGAGGUUAUAAAACACAUGUGCGGCAAUAGGGAAACAAUGACCCUGAAGACUUUGUGUAGUCAAUUGGCACGUAAUCCAUCUUCUUUGGAUAUAAUGCUUCUCUUUAACAAGCCUACAUUGUUUUUGCAACCAAUCUGCGAGCUCCUUGAUAACUGGAGAUAUGAUGAAGACCAGGGAGAAUAUCAGCCUGUUUAUGAAGAGUUUGGAUCAAUAUUGCUCUUGGUGGUGUCAUUCGCGCAUCGCUACAACCUUUCAACUGUUGAUUUGGGCAUCAAAAACCCGGCAGAGUCAUUUGUAGCAAAGCUACUUGUUCAGGGCCAUCUUAGUCGAGCACUGGAUCCAUUAUCUCAGCAAGAUCAAAAUCAUUUAGACGGAUGGAUCAGAGGGCUGUUUGAGCCAGAAGGUGGCGGGCUUGGUGAUGAGCUGAUGUCAUCUUGCCCACCACAAGAGUUCUACCUCUUGGUACCCACUCUCUUUCACCAUAUUGUGCUAGCACUUAGCACAGAGAAUCUUUCGGAAGAUGGUUUGAAAGGUGGCCUAGAAUUUAUGGUUGAACCGUUCUUGCUUCCUUCGCUGAUUCCGGGCAUUACAUGGCUCUCGGCUCAUCUGUGGGAGGCACGCCCUCAGGCGACUUAUGUUCUUCAGAUCCUGUCAGCUUUAAUUAAAAGUCCUCCAUCCAUAUCAAAUAACAUGGAAGCAUCUCACCUACUCAACGCGAUCCUCAAGAUCAUAGCCCAAAAUCUUGAACAAAGUCUUCGAUGGCUCCAGCGCGCGGAGCCUCACCGUCACGACAUCGAUUCGAUUUCGAAAGCACUGGAGUCGAAUGUAGGCUGGGAACGGAAAGGUGCUAGUAAAUACAGCGAGUUAGAAGUGUGGACAGCUACGCCAGGGGGUGGAUUAGCUGCUAGCAUAAAGCACACAGUUGUCACUCUCGUUCAAUGGGGUCUUCAAUGUGACCGCAAUCCUGGCAUGCAAAUUAUGCCUGCAUCUUAUACUCAUCGACAAGUCCUUACUGGAUUGAAAAUGUUAGGUGCAAAACGAUUGCUAAAUACCAUUAUUGAGGAAGUGAAGACACAAACCGAAGCUGGCAAUGGAAGCGUGGUUCUGGACAUUGCCACUUCAUUAAUAUGCGCUCCAGAUUCUGCAAGCUUUGACUCAGGCUCUGGAGUAGAUAUUAUGAGUGGUAACACACCGCAAUUACUUCAACGACGACUAACUCUAAGAGAAGCGUUAAAGGCAGAAGCAGAAAACAUGCCGAAAGUCCACAAAACUGAUACCUUUCACGCGGAAACUGUCAUUAGAUUGUACAGAAGAGUUGAAGCGCAGGCAGUCAUACAACAACAAUUAUUACCAGAUGACAACGACUUGGGCGCUUUGAAUGAGGUUAUGGGAGAUGCUGUCAUGGGAGAUGCUGGUCUUGGGCCAGUUGACCAACCCAAUCUAAACAUGGAUGAUAUGGGUGCUGGUAGCGACGAUUUAAUGAUGAUGGGAGGAAGUGGUCAUGGUGGCGAUUUACUAGAUGCCUUCGGAGGUGAUGGUCUGGGAGAUGGAAUGGGAUUCUAGAUGUCUUAUUUUGCACGGUGUUAGGAAAAGGGAAGUGGAAAGGGAUAUUUUUGGACCUAGAAAAGCAAGGCAGCAUUGAGCUUUUGCGUCACACAUGGAUCAUUCAUUGGGGGAAUAAUAUUAAGAAAAUCAUAAUAAUCUAUUAGAAGAUCAUGGGAUAUUUUCAGAUAGUUAUCAUAUAUACAAAAGUUAAUAAGCUUCUAAGCA